GACUUUUUAAUUUUUUAAAUUAGUUUCUUGGAUGUAUUUACAAUUUACUACACUGGUACCAGAAAGAAACGAAAGACGCCGCCUCGGCUAAACUACACCUGUUUUCGUUUCGCUGAAAAUGUAUCCAAUUUACCCAAUCGUUCCCUUUUUUUUUUUUUUUAAUUACUUGCUAACAUCAGCAGGGUGCUCAAUACACCCCUCCAUCCGACGCCAACAUUAUUCCCAUCCCUAAACCACGAUAGGAGGAAAAGUAAUCCAACUACACACUUCCCCAUCCUUUCUGAAACCCUAAUAACAAACAUUAGAAAAUUCCAACGGAUUCUCUCUUUUUUUUUUUCCAGGGUUUCGAAUCUUAUUUUCUGGCAAAGAUUUUUAUAGGGUUUGGUUCCUGAACGGAAUGGCGUCGGCAUCAAGUCAGCCGCAGUUCCGUUACACUCAACCCCCAUCUAAGGUGCUGCAUUUGAGAAACUUGCCAUGGGAGUGUACGGAGGAAGAGUUGAUCGAGCUGGGGAAGCCAUUUGGUAAGGUCGUUAACACCAAGUGCAAUGUUGGAGCCAAUCAUAAUCAAGCUUUCAUUGAAUUCGCUGAUUUAAAUCAGGCUAUUGCUAUGAUAUCAUAUUAUGCAUCAUCUUCUGAGCCUGCUCAAGUAAGGGGCAAAACGGUCUACCUACAAUAUUCUAACAGGCAAGAGAUUGUAAACAACAAAACGACCGCGGAUGUUGCCGGAAAUGUUCUGUUGGUAACAAUAGAAGGUCAAGAUGCGCGGCUUGUUUCUAUAGAUGUUUUGCAUUUGGUAUUUUCAGCUUUUGGAUUUGUGCAUAAAAUUACUACCUUUGAGAAGACAGCUGGAUUCCAGGCAUUGGUGCAGUUUUCAGAUGCAGAAACAGCCACGUCAGCAAAAAAUGCCUUGGAUGGACGAAUCAUUCCUAGGUAUCUGCUUUCUGAAAAUAUAGCUCCUUGUACGCUUAGGAUCACGUAUUCUGCUCAUACAGAUUUGAGUGUGAAAUUUCAGAGCCACAGGAGCAGGGACUAUACCAAUCCCUAUCUUCCUGUUGCUCCUUCGGCUAUUGAUGGAAGCAGCCAGUUCAGUUUGGGUCUUGAUGGGAAAAAACUAGAACCUGAGAGUAACGUAUUACUUGCAUCUAUCGAGAACAUGCAGUAUGCUGUUACUUUGGAUGUGCUACAAAUGGUUUUCUCUGCUUUUGGCCAUGUUCAAAAGAUUGCCAUGUUUGAUAAGAACGGUGGAGUGCAGGCUCUAAUUCAGUAUCCUGAUGUUCGGACAGCCGUUGUUGCCAAGGAGGCCUUGGAAGGGCACUGCAUAUAUGAUGGAGGGUUUUGCAAGCUUCAUAUCUCAUAUUCACGCCAUACUGAUCUCAGUAUAAAGGUCAACAAUGAUAGGAGCAGAGAUUACACAAUCCCUAACCCUACCAUGGUUAAUUCACAGCCAGUUCAAACAAUGGGCCCGGCUGCUCAUCAAUACAAUGGGACUCAAUAUGCUCCAGGUCUAGAGCAACCUAUGAUGCCUCCUCAACCUUCAGCUGGAUGGGCCUCAGCUGUUCCAGCACCGCCGCAAUCCAUGCCAGUACAGAUGACUAAUCAUCAUCCUUACAUGCCACCAGCCCCAAUGCCUCAAAUGACUCCCGGGAUGAUGCAAAUGCAAGGACAGAGUGGCGUAUCACCACCAGCUGGUAUAGUGCCUCCUUACAGACCCAGUCAGAUGUGAUAGCAUUUAUCUACGGUAUAUAUAAAAACUGAGUUGGGGUGGCCUCAGCUGCCACAUAGUGCUUGCUCCCUAUCUGCCUUAUUUUGUUCUUUUUAUUGAAUAUGGACUUGAUAAUAAUUUCUAGUGGACAUUUUUGGUAUUUUGUUCAUGGAAUUUCGGGAGUUAUUGAGUUAUAAAAUUAAAUUAAUUCUGGGUCA